UGGAAAGAGGGAAGCAUCUACCCAGCACUCUUGGCGGCCUUCGACCCGCGAGCAAAACUUCGGUCCCUCCCUCGAGGUCCCUCCCUUCUUUGUCUCCUGAUGCACUCGCGCGGUAGCGAAGACACUUUGUUGUUGUUGUUGUUGUUGUUUUGCGACUUUCCCUCACGACUAACGGCCGAACCCCAAACCCGCUCCUCGACGACUCGCAACACAAUCAAUUGACGAGAUCGACGCCUCACCCCUCUCCGCCCAGGGCUCAAACCACCGCGUCCACCACCUGCCGCCCUGCCCAACGCGCUCCCUCCCUGCGCCCACACCACGUCCUGCCUGAGGGCCUGCCCCAAUGGCCGUCUUCGAGAGCAGUGCAGUCCCGCCUCCCCUCGCUCGCGUCAUGCGCGAGUUCGAGGAGCUCGUCAAGAGCUUCGAGACUGGCCUGCUGCGGUCGCUAGAGGACCACGGCCACGGCCACGCCCACGGCCUGGCUGCCAAGGGCAGUAGUCCGCGCGACGACGUCCGUCGCGAGGCCUGCCGACUCGCCAUCUCCGACCUCAGCAGCCAAUACACACCCAAGUACAUCCGCCGGUCGCUCGAUGCAGCCGAGCUCGAGGGAAAGCGUGUCGAGGACCAGCUGCAGACCCUCUCGCUCAGCGGACAUGCCCAAGACGACGAGAGCGACCUGGGCAGCCUGCACAAUGGCUACUUCCGCCUCUACUCCACAGAGCUGUUCGACUUGCUCGGCCAGCCCACCGACUUGCGCUUCGGCACCCUGCGCUUCCACAAGGACAACCUGAACCACCACGAGAUGCCCUCGCAACCACACUCCCCUUCGCCUCACGUCACCAUCGAACUCGCUCUCAACGAGUCCUUCUUCGUUGCCGACUCGGAAGAGACGCUCCCCUACCACACGUUCCGCCUCCCCACAACACCUUCGCUACGGAAUCGCGGCAUACGUAGCAGGAAGUUUGACGAGGAAGGUACUUUCCCAGAGUACGACUCGUGGCUGCUCUUCACUUUCCUCGGCAACGGCUGCAUCAAACUCGAGGUGCCCAUCGAGAUGUGCGCAGACGUCUACGGAGGUAGUCUGCGCGGACGGGAGAAUCAGGAAGUUCUCUUUUGGGGAUUCUUCGUAGACGACGACGAAUAGCGUCACAUCACAUAUUUGCUUGGGCUGGAGUUGGUAUCAAGAGCUAGACAGGGCUUGGCAUUGGAGUUGGGCGCAAAGGACUGGCCUGGUCGGCCGCCGGAACGGGUGCUUGGACAUGCAUUCACGACUCACGAAUCUCCUUAAUCACAUCUUCUUCUCUUCCCAUCCCCACUGCGGGGCCAUUAUCUCCCUCACUUUCGGCCCAAUCCUUCGCAUUCACUCAUUCUUUUCAAGUGCGUUC